UGAGAGACACAACUACUCUCCUAAAGUAAAGAGAAGACAACCAUUUAAAAAUGGCCAGAACCAAGCAGACCGCCCGUAAGUCCACCGGAGGAAAAGCUCCCAGGAAGCAGCUGGCGACCAAAGCUGCCCGUAAGAGCGCCCCGGCCACCGGCGGCGUGAAGAAGCCCCACCGUUACAGGCCCGGUACCGUGGCUCUGAGGGAGAUCCGCCGCUACCAGAAGUCCACCGAGCUGCUGAUCCGCAAGCUGCCCUUCCAGCGCCUGGUGAGGGAGAUCGCUCAGGACUUCAAGACCGACCUGCGCUUCCAGAGCUCCGCCGUCAUGGCGCUGCAGGAGUCCAGCGAGGCUUACCUGGUCGGCCUGUUCGAGGACACCAACCUGUGCGCCAUCCACGCCAAGAGGGUCACCAUCAUGCCCAAAGACAUCCAGCUGGCCCGCCGUAUCCGCGGAGAGAGGGCUUAGACUGACCCGACCACAGCGAACCACCAACGGCUCUUUUAAGAGCCCCACACCCGCUUCUAAGAGCUCUGGUCCGGUCUGACAAACACGUGGUGGUCCCUCAAAUUAACUCUUGAAUCCAUGACUCUGCAUUUCAUGGAUGAAUAUUCUGCAAAAAUACCACCUGUGUAAACUCUUGGGUACAGUUGAAUGUAUAUUUUAAAGAUCCAGGUACAACAAACUUCAUAUAACUAGUUCCAUCUUUAAUGGUGAACAUUUAAAGUUCAUAGAGUUCUUUAUCUCUGAAUAAUAUAAUGCAGUGUUCACGUGGUUUGUACAUUUAAAAUGGAUUUGAGUCACUACAGUUGCAUUAGAACAGAAAUAUGAACCACCAUGAAAUAGGAAAUACAAAUAAACUUAUAGGAGU